GUGAUUAUUAGUAUUCGCACAAUAAUCACAAGUUUAUUACUUAGUUGAAGUAAUGAGAUUUUCAUAUUUUUUAGAAUAUGUCGUUAUUACAAUAGUGUUUAUUUCACGCCAAUCUUCAGCUGCUCCCGAGAGGAUACGUGAUGCAGAUGAUGGUCAAUCAGAACUAGUAGCUACAGUUUCGCUUAUCAGACAUGGAGAUAGAUCUCCCGAGAAAUCUUUUCCGAACGAUCAGUAUUAUAAUGAAGUAUAUUGGCCUAUGGGCUACAAACAAAUGACUAAGUUUGGAAUUAAUCGACAAUACAAACUUGGCCAGUGGUUUCGUCAACGUUAUCACAAUUUCCUCAAGGAUAUCUACUCAAGAAAUGAUGUCCAUGUAUAUUCCACAGACGUCGAUCGCACUUUAAUGUCAGCAAGUGCGAAUCUGGCCGGAAUGUUUCCCCCCAAAAGUUUCCAAUCCUGGAAUAACCAGAUUCCAUGGCAACCUAUUCCUGUCCACACAACAGAGCGAAGCAAAGAUGACAUAAUUGUGGAUAAGCGAAAAUGCAAGAGAUAUGAGAAAUUGAGAGAUAAGAUCCAAAAGGAGUUAUACUCUUCUUUAAAACAACAGUAUUCUAAAACAUUCGAUGUUAUUGGUAGACUUACUGGUUGGAAUGAAGGUAUAACACCAAAGGACGUACAUACUCUCACUGAUGUCGUGUACUCAUAUAGGCGGUACAAUAAUUCCUUCGUUCCCGAAUGGUAUUCUGACUUAGACCAAGAAGUAUUAACUCUUAUAGGAUGUACCGUAGAAAAAGUGGAUACUUACAACGAGGAUCUUGUUAGAUUUAGAGUGGGACCCUUUAAUAACUAUCUUUUUUCAAAUUUCGAUCAAUUUGUUAAUGGUUCACUACAAGCUCAAGUUCAUUCAAAAUUUUCGAUGAUAUUCGCGCACGAAUCAUCUCUAACUUCAGUAUUAAACGGCUUGGGUGCUUACGACAUGAGGCCAGUUGGUUUUGCUUACACCGUCAUCUGGGAAUUAAGACGAAGGCCAAAUGGCGCCUAUUUUUUAAGGCUUUUAUACAAAAAAGACGGCAAUAAGCUAAUACAGUUGAGUAUGCUAGAUUGUGGUAUAGACUGUGAUUAUCAGGAGUUAAAAAAACGGGCUGAGAAUAUUACUGUUGAUAUUGAAACUUGGAAGGAAGAGUGUAAGAAAUAAUGUAUGUACUUAAAUUUUUAAAAUUUUCAAUUUAUUAAUUUUAUUUAAUUUAAUUUUAUUUAUUUUAUUUAUUUUAUGUACUCAUUUAUAUUUUUAAAAUAUUAAAAAAUGUAUUUUAUAUGUUUAUAUGUAGUUUUAUUAUCUUCCAAAUGUAUAAACAUUAGAUUAU